AAAAGUUGUUUUCGCUUACACAUAUCAGUAAGGUCACAAAAACGACUGGUAGAUUAUGUAGGUCUAUGUGGACACGACGCGAUAACAUUCAACUCGUACGAGAGGCCUGGAUUGAGAACCUCAUUAUCGAGAGAUGAUCAAUACCGACCUAAAAAGUUAAUUAUGUGUAAUAAAUCUGGGAAGAAGGUGCCUUCUCGAAAAGGAAAUAUCAGCAAAUAGACAGUUUGUCUAAAUAAACACAUGCAGGCACGUAUCAAAAGGCAAGCGUUCAACGACCUCUUGUUACGAAAUUCACAAGGCAAUAGUUGUUUCUAAGUCAGUUGUACAGAGUGACAUCAAGGACGAUUGAUUGAAGCUGAGGUGAACAUCGUUUUGUGCCCAAUUCCUUUCAAACAAAUUACAGGCAAUAAUAUAUCGAGCAAAACUGGUUUUGCCAUUAAUGCGAGAUUAUCACAGCGUGGCAUAACGGGACGAUUUUUUGGGAGGAGCAAAAUACGUAAUCAGAACACAAUUCAGAACACUCAAUUGAGGCGUGCAACAACUUGCCUCGUAUAGCUGCUCAGUGAUAUUGUUUACGAGAUUACAAAAAGACUGCAAAUAUCUGUUUGGUAAUUCUCAUCUGGUUCAGUUCGUCUUAUGACACAUUGAAGAAUGCGGGCAUAGUCAGAAGUGUCAAACCACGUGAUAACUGCUUUGUAACCAAAUCUAUAUUCUGUGUGUGGUUGCCUGACUUGCCUCGUCAAUAUCGUUUGAGUGUUUCGUGAAUACGGAGUGCAAUAAUAGCAAAGACGUGUUUCACAGCAGAUUUCCUUCUUGUUAUAUUUUGAGAUAUUUUACAGCAAUACAGCUUCUGACUGAGAUGUUUACUUAUCGCACGAUGUUAACAACGGAUAUAUGAACCAUAAACUUGAUCCAUUCCGAAACGGAGAUAAACUGCUAAGUUACUGGUUUAUUAUAAAAAGCGCAGCGCGAGCUAUGAGCUCAUAGAAGCCGCGUGUUGUCACCGAGAGCUAUAUCAUACCAAAAGACUCGAGGAUACCAUUUUAAGCAUCGCCAUGUAUUUACGGCGUAAGAUUCAAGGAAUCAUGUUUGUGAUGCUGGCUGUUACAACGGCAACUUUGACGUCAACAAACUCGUCGCCAGCAAUUGAUUUGUCGAAAGUAUAUCUGAAUGACGUUAAUAGCAAACCACAGUUGAAAUAUCUUCAACUAUAUAACAGACUCACUGAUACAUAUGUCAGAAUAACCACUACAGCUAUUGACGUGAAAUCAAUUAAUCAAAGCGAUCCUGACACCUAUUUACAAAUCGACAUGUUUGGUCCCACGAUGCUCGCAAUAAGACGCUAUCCUAACGGUAAAUACGUUUGCCACAACACCAAAUCGGGAAAUGUCGAAUUGAAGACAGUCCAACAAAUACCAAAUAAUUUGGAAUGCGUGUUUCACAGAAUUCCGAAUAAAGAUUCGUACCAUUCGUACAGAUCUGAAUUCAAUCAAACAUGGUUGUUGGCUUUUUACGGGAAAGGAGGUAAAACAGGCAGACCGAAAAAAGGUUCAAAGACCUCACUAAAGAAUAAAGGUUCGAUGUAUUUAGAAAUGCCAUUAAAACUGCCGAAACGAAAUGGAUCGUAAGGCUAAUGAAUUGUUAAGAUCUCAUCGUAGUUAUUUAAAUGUAUAAUUUAUUUAUUUAAGUAUUAAAAUAAUUGAGAUAUUUAUAAGAUGGCAAAACUGAUAAAAUGCUGGCCAUUUGGCAUUGAUGUGCCUGAAUCAUGCAUGCAUACAAACAAUGUGACCGCUUCAAUGACAAGAUUUCAGCAGGUUCUAAUUGAUCAAAAUAUCCAAUUUAAAUGUAUUUCUCAAGAAAUUUGAAAUGUAGGUUUUGUGUAUACGAUAAGUGAGUAUAUUAUCAUUCGAAAAUGGAUUGCUAAAAACGUCUAUAUGGUCUAUAUUAGAAUAAAACUCCUGGAGUAAAGUAUUUUUAGAUAAAUGUGAAAGUAUUUCAGUAUGUCAGUAAAAAUUUGCGUCAAUUGCACGCUAUAUACAACCUGGACAAGAUGGUUUAUUAUUCAUGUUUUAAGCUGUGAUAUUUAAGUGAAUUCAUUCACGAGAGGUAUGGAAGUAUGACUUAUCUAACCCCCAACGAAACAGAUAGCAAACGUAGAUUUGAUCAGAAUGCAUGUAUAUACCGACCUAGAAUGCAUUCUCAUCCAUACACUCAGUUUUUGCUGAACAAAACAAACGAGUCCUCGUUGGUAAAAAUAUUAAAAGUUCUUUUACAAAUUCCUACCUUGAUUUAGCAAGGCCAU